AGAUCCAACCUGAUGGGUACGAAGUUCACGGUGUUCGACAAUGGCACAAACCCUGACAGGGCCAACGCCGAUUGGUCCAACGUGCGGCAGGAGCUCUCGGCCGUGGUCUACGAGACCAACGUUUUAGGGUUCAAAGGCCCCCGGAAGAUGACGGUCAUCAUCCCUGGGAUGAACGCCGACAAUGAGAGGGUGCCCAUCCGACCCCGGAACGAUAACGACGGCCUCCUGAUGCGAUGGCAGAACAAAAACAUGGACAACGUGAUCGAGCUGCACAACAAGGCACCGGUGUGGAACGACGAGACCCAGUCCUACGUCCUCAAUUUCCACGGCCGGGUCACCCACGCCUCCGUCAAAAAUUUCCAGAUCGUGCACGGCAGCGACC